AUGGGUCGAAAGAAGAACCAGAAGGGCCGUCAACAGACCACCGCUGUUGCAGCAGCAGCGGCUCCUAGCCCAACCGUCAACUCUGCUGCUCCCGCCGCAGCACCCGCGAGCGAUCCUCUCGCGAAGGCCACCGCAGCAGAUCCGCCAUCCGCGCUCCCUUCCGCAGGCGCGCCGUCCGCGGAAGAUCUCCCGUCGAUCAACGUGACCUCCCCUUUCCGCGCCACGGCGAGUCGCGAUUCCAGCGAUUCUCACGACGCGGACGUCUUCGUCGAGCCGCCGGAGCACUUCAGCGACGGCUCGCGAACUCCGCACGAUGGUAACCGCACGCCCACCUUCGAGGACGCUUCCGGCAGAUUCCCACCCGAGUCGCCGAUGGCGAAUGGCAGCAGCGGCGCCGGGGGCGGCGGUAGCGGCGGGUUUGGCGCGCAGGUGGAGGCGGAGAAGCUGCGGAAGCAGCUGGAGGAAAUGGCGCAGCGGUGCCGGGAGUUGGAGGAGGGGAAGCGCGGUUCGGAGGUUGCGAGGAAGAGCGUUCAGCAGGCGAAGAACGCGCUAGAAAAGGACCUGGCGGCGGCCGCGGAGAAGACGUCUAAGGCGGAAGAGGCGGCGGCUGCAGGGAAGGCGGAACGCGCGCGCCUGGAGGGGCUGGUGACGGCUGCGGAGGGGGAGAUCGCGCGGCUGAAGGGGGAAUUAGCGGGGAAGGAAGCGGAGGCGGGGAAUAUGCGGGGAGAAUUGGAUCUGGCAAAGAAAGAGGUAGCGGCGUUGAGAGGCGAUAUGAGUGAGAAGGCGAGGGCGCAUGAGGAAAUGGUGCUGGCUCUGAAGCAAGAGUCGGAGGCUAUGGCGGCGGCGCGAGACGCGGCGAUCAAGGAAUGCGCGGAAGCCACGGCGAAAUGCGCCGACCUGUUGAAGGCUUCAGCUGAAACUGCGGCCAGAUUAGACGAGCUUACCCGCUCCUUGCAGACGCUGGAGCAGGACAAGCAAAGCUGGGCGGCAGACAGAGAGAAAUGGGCGGCAGAGAAGAGCAGCUGGGAGGAGGAACGGGCGAGCUGGGCGGCAGAGAAGCGGAGCUGGGCGGCAGAGCGCGAGAAGUGGGCAGCAGAGAAGGCGGCAAAGGAGAAGGAGAGCGGUGAACGGGAUGAAGGGCGGAGAGAGCUGGAGCAGCGUGUGGAGGCACUCAGUGGUCGGCUGGCAGCAGCUGAAGCGGCGAGAACGGAGGCUGAAGCUGCACGAGCAGAGGCAGAAGCGGCGAGAGGAGCAGCUGAGGCGGCAAAGGCAGAGGCGGAAGGGGCGAGAGCAGCGGCUGACGCUGGGCGAGCAGAGGCAGAGAAGUCGCUGGAGGGGAAGAAGGGCGAGUCGGACCACGCUACCAGAGUGGCAGCCAAGGCGGCAGCCCGCCUGGCGGAGCUGCAGCAGAGCCUGACGCAGGCGCAGGUGGAGCUGGUGCAGGCGCACUCCGCGCUGCAAGAAAAGGACGGCCAGUUGACGGGCAAGGACGCGCAGGUGCAGGCUAUGACCGAGCAGAUAAAGGCACUGGAGCAGCGGGUGAAAGUAGCAGAAGAGGAGAUCAAAGCAAGUGCGGAGGAGGCGAGGAGGAAGGAGGAGGAGGCGAGGGAGGCGAGGCGAGAGGUUGAAGCCGUGAGAGGGGAGCUGGGGGCGCUGCAGGGGGAGUUGAAGGCAGCAGCGCAGCAGCUUGCCCAGGCGAAGCAGGAGGGGGGUGCGGGUGGGGAGAGUGCGGGUGGGGAGAGUGCGGGGAGCAGGGUGGGGGAGCUGGAGGCGCGGGUGGAGGCUCUGCUGGGGGAGGUCGCAUCUGCGGUGCAGGCGCGGGCGGAGGUGGAGGGGAAGCUGGCGAGUGGCAGCCGGGAGAAUGCCAGGCUGGCAGAACUAGCAGCAAGCAAGGAGGCAGAGGCAAAGACCAUGUUCGUCCAGCUGGGGCAGGUGAAGCGGGAUAACGCCUCCCUCAGCAGCGACCUGGCGGCCGCUACGGACAAGAUCCAGGAGCUAGUGGCCAAGAACCGCCGCAUUGACAAGGACGUGGUAACCGCCGCGGCCGAGGCGGCGUUACGCGAGCAGGAGGGGGGAGGUGGGAGUGGGGAAGGGUGGAGCUCUGUGGCGCUGGUGACGGUGGGCGUGGGGGCUGCGGCUGUGGGGGGGCUUGCUGUCCUGCGACUCAUGGGACCGCGUGCGUGA